AUGCUGAUUGUGAAUUCAAAAGCUAGGACAUAUUACUUUUUUGAAGAGUUAUCAUAAUUUUCGAUCAUUAUUUACGCUUAAAUCAUGAAGCCUUAUUUCUGUUAAAAAGAAGAAUUUAUGAGAUUUAUAAUCUAUGAUGAUUAUGAAUUUCAAAUACAUGAUUCUUUAAUUAAUGGAGGAUCAAGCAUCUGA